CGGCUCUGCUCAGACUGAUCAUCAUCUCCUGGAGCUGAAGCUGCAGCCAUGAUCGUCCGUCCUCGUUCUCUCCUCCUGGGUCUGCUGGUCAUCCUCUACCUUCAGUCCGGUGCAGUGGGACAGAAUGCAAAAUCACCAAAGGAAUGCUGUUUCAGUUUCUAUACCAGACGAAUCCCUGUAGCUGACAUUACUCAGUAUGAAGAAACACACCCUGACUGUCCAAGAGCUGGAGUGAUUUUUACCACCAAGAGGGGUCCUGUGUGCGUGGACCCCGGCUUUAAGUGGGUGAGGCGAGCCAUGGACAUAAUCGAUCGUCGAACUGUGGAAGGUUCAUCCUGAACCUUAUGUGUAAAUAUGUGGGAAAUGAACUCCUUUCCACUAUUUUCAGUAUUAUUACUAUAGCAGUGUGGUCGUCUCUGAUUGGGUGAAUGUUUAUAGCUUUUGUUGUUUUAGUAAAUUCCAUACAGACUAGAGGAACAUUUUAUAUCUAGAGGUACAUUUUAUAUCUGCAUGCUUUAUUUUCUUUCUCUCUCUCUCUCUCUCUCUCUCUCUCUCUCUCUCACAUAUAUAUAUAUAUAU